GCUGAACGGAAACCACACAGGCAGACUUGACCUCGACCAGAUAGUCUUCAAGAUGCCAAACUGGGGCGGAGGCGCAAAAUGUGGAGCCUGUGAAAAGACCGUCUACCAUGCAGAAGAAAUCCAGUGCAAUGGAAGGAGUUUCCACAAGACGUGUUUCCACUGCAGUCCCCAAAGCCGGCACGCUCAGCUACCACCAGCAACCCUUCCAAGUUCACUGCGAAGUUUGGAGAGUCCGAGAAGUGCCCUCGAUGUGGCAAGUCAGUCUAUGCUGCUGAGAAGGUUAUGGGAGGUGGCAAGCCUUGGCAUAAGACCUGUUUCCGCUGUGCCAUCUGUGGGAAGAGUCUGGAGUCCACAAAUGUCACUGACAAAGAUGGGGAACUUUAUUGCAAAGUUUGCUAUGCCAAAAAUUUUGGCCCCACGGGUAUUGGGUUUGGAGGCCUUACACACCAAGUGGAAAAGAAAGAAUGAAGAGGUGCGCCAUUUCUCAGAUUUUUUGCGAGCCUAAAACACUUGCCAAGUAAUCCUGCACAGAUGGAUACCUUUCCCCAAAUAGCCUCUCCUUUGUAGUUGUACAUUAUUUGUUUCUCCUCAGAAGUAAUCAUGGCCUUUACCGAAUGUUAGAAGAGGCCUUUGGAAGAAAAUUAUGUAAAGUUUAAUCUAUAACAAAUGCUUUAUUAUUUAUAAUGCUUGGAAUGGGAGAGGCAAUAAAUAAAUGUUUUAGUGCUAUCUUGUAUGGCUCUGGAUAUUUUAUUUGAUAUAGAAAUUUUCAAAAAACAUAAAGCUAGUUCAAAAAACGAGCUGCAGAGAAUGUAAUAAAUUUGAAUGUCAACUGAGAAAGGAGUGAGAAGGAAGAAACAAUGGGCAAAGGAAAGCAGUCUUUCAGAAUCUGUCAGCCAAUGUCUUUCUAGUUACUGCUAAUGGAGAAGAAAACAGGGGGUCUGGGAGAAAAUAGAGAACAUGAUAGCCAAAUCUAAAAGGAAAAUCAAAACUAAUAAAAUUGCUGAAGAGUUGAUCCUUUUGUCCUAUCGUGGGCUUUGUAAUGUUACACAUCUCGUGAAAACUCAGAAAUGACAACAAAGCAUGGCAUUUGCCUCUGUAUUAUAAAUGA